GUUUCUCACAGCUCCUGGCUGCCGACAGCUUGGGAUGCUGGGUGGAAAUCCUUGCUGAAGGUUGCUUAUCGACUCCAGCACAAUUUCACCCCUUCCAGCAGAGAUCGUGGAGGGUUUUAUAUCGCAUCAAUUAUUUAUCAUAUUUUAUAAAUCCAGCCGCACAGUCCCGUGCCCCCGAGGAGGGGGCGGGCGGCGAUUGGCGCCGGCGCAGCCACGUGCCCGCGCGUCACCGGGGCCGGGAGGAAAAAGGCUCCUUUUUGGUGUAAAUCUGGACUCUAAUUCCGUAAUAUAUCACGGUACCUCGUAAAACCGACACUAAAACGUCCCGACCUACAAAUCACCCGGCCAAAUUAUGAGUUCAUUGUAUUAUGCGAAUGCUUUAUUUUCUAAAUAUCAAGCCGCAAGUUCGGUUUUCCCAUCCGGAGUCUUUCCCGAGCAAACUUCUUGCGCUUUCGCCUCCAACACCCAGCGAGCGGGGUAUGGGGCCGGAUCCACGCCUCCCUUCGCCGCCUCCAUGCCCGGGCUCUACUCCAGCGGCAGCGCCGUGCACCCCCAGCCCCCCAGCAUGUAUUCCUCGGGGUACGGCCUGGAGCCCGGCUCCUUCAACAUGCACUGUUCCCCUUUCGAGCAAAACCUCUCCAUGAUGUGCCCGGGAGAUGCCUCCAAGCAGAACUGCAGCAAAACGGACCAGAGGGACUCAGAUUUGCAAAGCGACAGCAACUUCCGUAUCUACCCCUGGAUGAGGAGCACAGGAACGGACAGAAAACGCGGCCGCCAGACCUACACCAGGUACCAGACCCUGGAGCUGGAGAAGGAGUUCCACUACAACCGCUACCUGACGAGGAGGAGACGCAUCGAGAUCGCCCACGCGCUGUGUCUCACCGAGAGACAGAUCAAAAUCUGGUUCCAGAACCGCCGCAUGAAGUGGAAAAAGGAAAAUAAAACCGCCUGCCCCGGCUCCAGCGGGCAGGAAAAGCCAGACGCCGAGGACGACGAGGAGGAGUGAAAAGGGGAGAGGUGCAGGAUGCAGGAAACGAGAGAAGAAAAGGGGGGAAAACACACACACACAUUAAAAAUAAAAAAAAAUAAUUAAAAAAAAAGACUAUAUAUAAAAAUAAAUGAUAAGCGCAUAAAUAAUUAAAACCCUAGGAGUGAUACGUUGUGUUUGAUGACACUGAGAAAAAUACUACCUAUAUAAAGUCUCUUUUUUUUUUUGGGUUUUUUUUUUUGGUUUUUCUUUUUGUACAAUAGAAUAUCUACCUAUUAAAUGUGGCUUUAGAGUCAGGAUAGACACAUUUCUUUCCUCUGUGAGCCUUCCUCUAGCACCAGUAAUUUGUAAAGCUCCGUUUGUACUUCGCUGUGUACUUUUUUGGGGGUAUGAAGUAACGUGGUCGUGUUUAGCACCUUUAAUUUAGAAAAUGUGACCCGAAAGCCUGAAUGCAAAUUAUAUUUAGCGCGUGUAGUCCUGUACAUAAUCCGAAUUAUUAUUCCUCCUUCUCCCUGUAACCUCUGUGGUUCUUUUCUCCUUGCGAUGCUCUUUUGUCUGUGGGUAUUUUUACCUGGGUUCCCUUCGUUGUUCGAGCCUCUACAGGGAAGAAAAAAGAAAAAAAAAAGAGAAAAAGGGAAAAAAAAAAAAGAGAGAAAAAACCAAGAGGAAUUAAUAUUGUGCUACGUCAAAUGUUGUAUAUCAAAGUAGCAGAUUAUUUAAUGGCGGCGCGUUGCUUUUUUAUUAUUAUUAUUAUUAUUAUUAUUUUCCUUCGUCUGUGAUUAUUAUUCUUCGAAAUAAAAAGGAGAUCUCCAAUAA